AUGAAGCUUUCCGCGUCCAUCACCCUGGCUGCGGCCAUGGGCGCCUCGGCUUUCAACCUCCCCACGUUCGAGCAGCUCGCCAUCGAUUCAGGCCUGGCUCUGGCCGGUCUGAACGGCAUUGCCCUGCUGCAGUCGGCCAACAAGUACGGCGGGUCGUGCAACAUGGGCAACGUCAAGAUCCGCAGGGAGUGGAGAACAUUAUCCAAGGCCCAGCGCAAGAGCUAUAUCAAGGCGGUGCAGUGUCUUCAGGAGAGCCCGAGCCUCCUCGCUCCCGGUGUCUCGGAGGGCUCGAAGACCCUCUUCGACGACUUUGUCUACGUGCACCUGCAGUCGACGCCUUUCAUCCACUUCACCGGUAACUUCCUCAUCUGGCACCGGAACUACAUCCACGAGUACGAAAAGAAGCUCAAUGCCUGUGGUUACAACGAUGCGCUUCCCUACUGGGAGUGGGGCUUCGAUGCGAACGCCCCUCAUCUUUCUCCCAUCUUUGACGGGUCAGACACAUCCAUGAGUGGUGACGGCGAAUUCAUCCCUGGUGACGACCUCGCGCUCGAGAUUCCGGGAAACACCGAGCCCCUCGUGCUAAAGAAGGGUACCGGCGGCGGCUGCGUCAAGACGGGCCCUUUUGCCGACAUGACGGUCCGGUUGGGCCCCAUCACGCAGCCGGACCCGACCGCGGACAACCCGCGCUGCCUGAAGCGCGACCUGAACGCGGAUGCCGGAAAGAGGUUUUCCAGCUUCCGGAACACGACCGACCUGAUCAUCAACUCGCCCAACAUUGAAAUCUUCCGGACUACCAUGGAGGCGGACCCGAGCUACAUCCCCAACUCGCUCGGUGUGCAUGGCGGCGGUCACUUCAUGAUCAGUGGCGACCCCGGCUCGGACGCUUUCAUCUCGUCGGGCGACCCGGCCUUCUACCUCCACCACGCCCAGAUCGACCGUGUCUACUGGAUCUGGCAGAUGCUCGACUUCCAAAAGCGCCAGGGCGUCUUUGGCACCAACACCCUGCUCAACCAACCCCCCAGCGCCAACACCACUGUCGAGGAUACCGUCGACGUUGGCCAUAUCGGCUCUCCGAUCAAGAUCAAGAACCUCAUGAGCACGACUGGUCAGGGUGGAUCGCCGCUCUGCUACAUCUACCUUUAA